GCAAAUAUAUCACCAGUUUGAUUGUUGACAUGUAUUUUAUCAUAUAUAGAUAACAUAAUUAUAGUUACAUGUUGAAAAAUUCAUUUUAUGACUUUAUAUAAAAAAUGUUUACAGUAAUUAAUUAAAGUCCGAUUUUUAUCGUAAUGAUAUUUCACAACAAUAAUGUUUAUCUAAAUGUAAUCAAUAUGAAUCUUACAACAAGUACAAAGUAGUAUUUUUAAUCCACUUAUAUUUAAAAUGAUGAUAACAUUUGUGAUAUUUAGAUAGAUCUAUGGCCAUGUCUGAUUUCCUUAAUCGUUAUCUAUCUUACAGUUUAUCACCCAGUGAACCGCUUAGCCUCACCCCACCCCUUUCUGUUUCCGGUCCAAUGAUGAUAAUUAUAAUCAAACCUUAAUAAUAAUGUUGAAUAUAUCAAUUGUAUAAUGGACGUUAAACUGUUACGGUAAAGAAAUGACAACUUUAUGUGUGGUGUUUGUUUAAAUUAUAGCCUGUGAAAAAUACGAGCAUGAGGAAAUUAGAAGUUAUUGCAGUUUUUGUACUUGGAGCUUUUCUUUCUACCAACUGUACUCAUUUUAAAGUAAAGAGCAAACUAACCGGAGGUGCCUGUAUCCUUAUGAAUAUAGAUGCAACGUUUCAACUUACUUACAAGUCACAGGUUGCUAACUUGUUCGAUUUAAAAGGAGCAUCAGUAAUUGGUGCCUCUAGCAAAUGUGGAAAUGUAUUUCUUGGUUCAACAUCUGUUUUAUCUGUGAAACUGUUCCCAUCUGAAGAAAUGCUCAUGUUUAGAUUUACAAUACAGAACAAUAAUGUCAAUGUGUCAAUGAGAUUUAUGUUGGACGCCAAAAAGCACUUUCAAGAUAUGAAUUCUACACUCCCAGUACAAUUAAAUGACACACAUCAUCUUCCAAUAGGAACGGAUUCACCAAACUCAUACAAAUGUAUUUCUGAGGAAACGGUUGCGUUCAAUUCAACCAAUAAUUUCCAUUUAACAAUGAUGAUUACCAAUUUACAAGUGCAAGCGUACGACAUAAUAAACAGCGUCUUUGGGCCAGUCACACCUGUACCAUCAGGACUAGCUACCGUUGCACACACCACAACGCGCUGGUGUAUCGCUAUACGUAUUUCUCACGUACCACAGCUAACACUCUCCACACACCACCGUACAAAUUCAACUACUGAUUCAUACACGCUGCUUACAGCACACACACUAGAACGAGACAUUCCAGCACCAGAAACAACAACAAAACCAAUAAGUACAUCGAGUAAGCCUAAAUCUACCACUGAAUCACCGCGUGAUCAUAAGUAUGUGGUUCGAGACAAUAAGGAAGUGUGUAUUGUCUUACAGGGAAAUAUAACGUUCGAAAUAUCUUAUCAGGAGAAGGAUGGAGGAGCUACUAAAGCAUUGGUUGCAGUUCCUGACGAUGCAAAUGUUAACGGAAAUUGCAGUUACACCGCGACGUCACAAGAAAUAACGCUGGCGUUCUUCAACUCAACUUGGAUGUUGAACAUUGUUGUCGUCAAGGGCGGCAUAAGUAAUGAACAGAAUGCCAAAUUGAUUAAAGUUUUGUCGGAUACAGCGGAUUAUUCAUGGCAAUAUGCCAGUGUAACAUAUCAAGUCGACGAUCAUUUUCCUGGUGCAAAGAAUGCAGGAGACAUCAUUACUGCCACGGCAGAAGACACUGUUGGUAAGUUUGCGGCUGGAGUUGACGGCUCGUAUAAAUGCAAUGCUAAACAAGAUCUUGAGUUUGAGAAAAAUAAAAAUAUGAAAAUGGACUUGAGCAAGAUGCAGUAUAGAGCAUUUGGGAAAACGAACUCCACAGAUUUCUCAGGCGCAGGUGUUUCCAAGUGUCCUGCGGACGAUCAUAACGGAGGUGGCGGUAGCGGUCAGAAAACACUGAGAAUCUCAAUUGCUUGUGCAUUUGCAGGCUUGGUUUUCAUAGUAUUCGUGGCAUGUGGUAUUUCUCGAUACAGGAAGAGAAAACGGGGAAAUGGGCAUUAUAAAAGUGGUGAAAAGGGUCUGGUUAGAAUAAUGGAUGGUUAGAAAAAGUGCGCGGACAAUAAUUUUUGCUGUCUAUUUAUGGAUAAAUAUAUCAUAUAAUCUCAUGACGGAUGAAUACAAAAAUGGUUGCUUGGAGUAUAAAACAGACUGACGAUAUGCUUAUAAUGGUGAGCAAGUAAACUUUGAUUUGAAUUUUUCUGGUGUCGCGCGCAAUUGAAUAGCUAUAUAAACACGUAUACCAAUAACUUUAUACCAUAUAUGAACAUACAACGUUAUUUAUCGACGUGACAUAUCUUGUCAACCUGACAAAUAUGUGAACAAUACACCAAAGCUUAUCUCGUUAGUUCAUAUGAGUGAAAAGAAAUCGGUCAAAAGCACCCCUGUGUCUUCUUGAAGCAAUAAGAGGGAUCUGUCGUCUCCCUUUGACCAAAAAGAAACAAAAAAACUCAGAUCACUGUCUGAAAAUUCUGAAAUGGAGGAUCCAGUAACACAAAUACGCCUCUGUGAUGAAGACCUUAUAAAAAUAAGCUCGCUUCUUAAAAGCACUUUUCAGACCAAACUCUCAACAAUGGCUAGUGAUCUUAUUAAUGGUGUUUUGUCGAAAAUCAACUCUAAAGUCGAGGUAUUUGAGGCUGAAAAUAAAGCUUGCCAAGCAGAGUGUCAGAGUUCGAAACCCGGCUCUUCGAAACCGAGGCUAAAUAAGACAGAUCUGACCAUUACUCUCGCCGUAACUUGUGACGCAUCAGUGGCGUAACAAAAAAGUGGCGAAUCCACGGACAGAAUCGUGCUUGAUGUUUUGGGGCAGUGGGGGUCGAGUUUAAUAUUGAUGACGUGGAUCGGUCGCACAGGGCUAAGGCAUUCAAAGCUACGUCUUCACAUAUGAAACAAAAAGACAUCAUCAGACAGUUAUCGUGCUUGAUCUUCUCGGUAAUAAAAGCAAGUUAAAAGACUCAAAGUUUAACGGCGUGUACCUCAAUGCAGACCGUACACACACACGUAGCCUGUUGUUUCAGCAGACUCGAAAAUUAAUCAAAUACAUGGUUGUGAGCGGAACAUGGACUGUAGACGGCGUAAUAAUGAUAAAAGACAAAUUUGACAACAAAGCCCGCAUCGAAACAAAGAAAGAUUUAGACUUAUUUCUGUCAAAGAUCAAAGACACAAUGUUGACGACUUAACACUGUAUAAUAUAAUAUGUCACGUUGUGUUUUAACUGUUUUGUUUUGAUCAUCCUGUGUGAUUGUGAUACUGAUAACGUUUGAGUAACUGUUGUUUACAGUUUUGGAAUAAUUAGUCAAAGAUUUCACUAACUGACUGUUAUGAAUAUUGUUGCAGCUUUAACCCAGGUUAUUAUUUUCUUUUGUUUUAAAGAAGGCCUUAGAAUCCUUAAUACGAAUUCGGCUUCAACUAAAUUUUCAGCUAUUUAAUUCUUUUUAAAUUUAGUUUUAUUUUUUAUAUAAUAUUAUGUGUUCUUCUUACAAUGGUGAAUAUCUCAUUUCCUAAAAUAUCACGGGAAAUAUAAUUAGAAUAACCUUACAAUAUAUUCAAAUAAAAACGAUGUUUAUCCAGUACAAAUAUCUUAUUGUAUAAUUGUAGUAGACAUACCUCUUACAGGUAUGAAUUACUUAUUCUAUAAUUUUGUUAUUAAGAUUGAUUCUAUUGACUAAGUUCAACUACACGCAAUUGUCCUGUUUAUGAUGUAUCCGAUUUGUCUAAAGUUCAGAUCUACUUAUUUCUUUUAUUUAGAUCUGAAGACGGCCUUCUUUAUAAUUAGGAUUUCCCGAGAAAGCUAUUUUUAGCAAUGCAAUAAAACCGGUUUUUACAUAGGCAUUAGAAGAAGUAUCAAAAUACCGUUUUACGUGAAAGUGGAACAAAUUGUUUGUUUUUUUGUUAGCAAAAAAAUGUUUGAAGUAACUUUUAAUAAAUUAAUUGAAAAAAUAUUAAAUUUUUAAUUGGCAAUAUUGUUUUGCCUGUUUACACAUGCACCUGUCGGCUAUAUGGACAACGCCAUAUUUGUUCUCGAAAUCAUGAAAUUUACUAAUUAGUAUUGGUUUGCCCAGGGUUAAAAUCGCUUUCAAAAUUAUGAAAGCUGGACGAUGAUUGGCUUUGUGAAUAAUUAUUGUCACCAGAAAAAAAUCGUAUAUGGUCACGCUCAGAUCUAAAAGCGGUGCGUUAUUUAGAGCUGAUUUUAAUCAAGAUUUCAAGAUUGUUCAAGAUUCAAAAACAUUUUACAAUGUCCAUCGCCAUGUUCGGCGGUUCAAUAAACACAUAAUGAGAAAAGUAUGUACAUAACGAGAAUGAGAUAAUUAUAAAUUAAUUAGUAAAUAGAUUAAUAAACCAAUCUUUUUAAAUCUCUUACCAAACAUACAAAGCUUAUAUCGUUCCAAUUUCUAUUCAAAGUACAAAAAAGAAAGCCACUAGAUAAGUACAUAGAACAUAAAUAUGAGACAUAUACAUACAUAAUAUACAAUCAUUGUAAAACAUAUAUAUUUUUGUUCAUAAACUUGAAAUAUCCCUGUUGUUUCUAUUUUCCCCUCUUUUUCAGAUUAAAAAUAUUGACUUGUCUUUACAUACCUGUCAUAAAUGUAAUUGAUAACAAUUAUUUAAUUUCAUUGUUAUUGUUGUUUCGUGAUUUGUUUGUUUGUUUGUUUGUUUUAUUGCUUUAUUUUUUCUGUACCACUUUAAUAUUGAACAAUUCAUUUUGUAAAGGCUCUUAUCUUCAUGUAAAACCAUGUAAAGUAGUCCCAUUUCUUCAUGUCUUACUGUACCAGGCAAUGAUUUUCUUCGUCAAAUUUCGUCGAUACUAAAUAAAAUUAUUUUGAACUGAAUAUUAAUUUAUCUAAGGAGGAUAAACUUUUUGUUUUCCGUACCAUGAUGUUAAAAUUGUUAUUUCUUGUUUUGAUAUUUGACUUUUUCUGCAAACAUUAUAUAAAUUAUUCUGACUCUACAUAUUUGUUGAACUAAUAAUUGUUGUAUUUUCUUUAAAUUAAAAGUAAUGAUGCCCCAGUCAUUUUGGUACAGUACAGUUGCAUAAAAGUAUAAAUACUAAGACCUAACAUUUCUCUCAAACUUAACAAGAAACAAAACACUUUUAGCAACAAAAAAAACCUCAAAAUAUCUAUGCUUAAUUCA